AGUGAGAGAGCUUCUGGCGUGCUCUGGGUCGCCGCCUCAGAAGGAGCCAGGCUCGCUAACAGCGGCUCGGAAGUCAGGGGACAUCAGUCUCGACUGUUCUUCGAACAAAGCCGAGCCGCCUGCGGAGAAGCCAGCCAGCCCUUCAGGGCCCGCCCCACCCUUGUCCCACCCCCUGUCGGCUACACCUCGCGAGACCGGGCAACGAGACUUCCCAGAAAGCCUUGGGCUACACUCAACCGCGGUUCGCCAGUCGCGCCUGGGCGGGACGGUGGGAGGGGCCUGCCUAGCGAUUUAGCGGCCUGGAAGGCCACGCCCCAAGUCGGAAGUGACGGAGCCGAGCUAGCGCGACGAGGCCGCCUCUAUGGUCUUCCUCUCCUUCUGGAGUCGGGAAAUGGCCGCUGUGUAGUUAGCACGGAGGUAAACCCUGCACGCACAUCGUGCUUCGGCGUGUCAGGUAUUUGAAUUUAGAGUUUAGUUUCCCAUAACAUUUUCUACAAGAAGAAUCUUGGUAGUGUCUCAAAGACAUCACUGACUUCUGGAUCCUGCAGAAAGCCCAAGGUGAAAAGAAAUGGGCCGCUCCAAUUCUAGAUCACAUUCUUCAAGAUCCAAGUCUAGAUCACAGUCUAGUUCUAGAUCAAGAUCAAGAUCACAUUCUAGAAAGAAGAGAUACAGGUCUCGUUCCAGAACAUAUUCGAGGUCUCGUAGUAGAGAUCGUAUUUAUUCUAGAGAUUAUCGUCGAGAUUACAGGAAUAAUAGAGGAAUGAGACGACCUUAUGGGUACAGAGGAAGGGGUAGAGGGUAUUAUCAAGGAGGAGGAGGGAGAUACCAUCGAGGUGGCUAUAGACCUGUCUGGAAUAGAAGGCACUCUAGGAGUCCUAGACGAGGUCGGUCACGGUCCAGGAGUCCAAAAAGAAGAUCCGUGUCUUCUCAAAGAUCCCGAAGCAGAUCUCGCCGGUCAUAUAGAUCCUCUAGGUCUCCAAGAUCAUCAUCAUCUCGCUCUUCAUCCCCAUAUAGCAAAUCUCCUGUCUCUAAAAGACGAGGGUCUCAGGAAAAACAAACCAAAAAAGCUGAGGGGGAACCCCAAGAAGAGAGUCCUUUGAAAAGCAAAUCACAGGAGGAACCAAAGGAUACUUUUGAACAUGAUCCAUCUGAAUCUAUUGAUGAGUUUAAUAAAUCUGCUACUUCUGGUGAUAUUUGGCCUGGCCUUUCAGCUUAUGAUAAUAGUCCAAGGUCACCUCAUAGUCCUUCACCUAUUGCUACACCACCCAGUCAGAGUUCAUCAUGCUCAGAUGCCCCCAUGCUUAGUACAGUGCACUCUGCCAAAAAUACCCCUUCUCAGCAUUCACAUUCCAUUCAGCACAGUCCUGAGAGGUCUGGAUCUGGCUCUGUUGGAAAUGGGUCGAGUCGAUAUAGUCCUUCUCAGAAUAGUCCGAUUCAUCACAUCCCAUCACGAAGAAGCCCUGCCAAGACAAUCACACCACAGAAUGCUCCAAGAGAGGAAUCUAGGGGGCGGUCCUCCUUUUAUCCUGAAGGAGAUCAGGAAACAGCAAAGACAGGAAAGUUUUUAAAAAGGUUCACAGAUGAAGAGUCUAGAGUAUUCCUGCUUGAUAGGGGUAAUAUCAGGGAUAAAGAGGCUCCGAAGGAGAAAGGGUCAGAGAAAGGCAGGGCAGAUGGAGAUUGGGAUGACCAGGAAGUUCUAGAUUACUUUAGUGAUAAAGAGUCUGCAAAACAAAAAUUCCAUGACUCUGAAGGGGAUGACACAGAGGAGACAGAGGAUUAUAGACAGUUUAGGAAAUCAGUCCUAGCAGAUCAGGGCAAGAGCUUUGCUACUUCAUCUCACCGGAAUACUGAGGAGGAAGGACCCAAGUACAAGUCCAAAGUUUCAUUAAAAGGCAAUAGAGAAAGUGAUGGAUUUAGAGAAGAAAAAAAUUAUAAACUGAAAGAGACUGCAUACAUAGUCGAAAGGCCUAGCACUGCAAAGGACAAGCACAAGGAAGAAGACAAAGGCUCUGAUAGAAUAACAGUGAAGAAAGAAGUGCAGUCACCGGAGCAGGUAAAGUCUGAAAAGCUCAAAGAGCUCUUUGAUUACAGUCCCCCUCUACACAAGAGUCUGGAUGCACGAGAAAAGUCCAUCUUCAGAGAGGAGAGCCCACUGAGGAUCAAAAUGAUAGCCAGUGAUUCUCACCGUCCUGAAGUCAAACUCAAAAUGGCACCUGUUCCUCUUGACGAUUCCAACAGACCUGCCUCCUUGACUAAAGACAGGCUACUUGCUAGCACGCUUGUCCAUUCUGUCAAGAAAGAGCAAGAAUUCCGAUCCAUCUUUGACCACAUUAAGCUGCCUCAGGCCAACAAAAGCACUUCAGAAUCAUUUAUACAACACAUUGUAUCCUUGGUUCAUCAUGUGAAAGAACAAUACUUCAAAUCACCUGCAGUGACCCUAAACGAGCGGUUCACUUCAUACCAGAAAGCUACUGAAGAACAUAGUACCCGGCAAAAGAGCCCCGAGAUACACAGGAGGAUUGACAUCUCUCCCAGCGCUCUGAGGAAGCACACCCGGCUAGCAGGAGAGGAGAGAGGUUUUAAAGAAGAAAUUCAGAAGGGAGAUAAAAAGUUAAGGUGUGAUUCGGCUGACCUUCGGCACGACAUUGACCGUCGCCGUAAAGAGAGAAGUAAAGAGCGGGGAGAUUCCAAGGGCUCCAGGGAGUCCAGUGGGUCCAGAAAGCAAGAAAAAACACCAAAGGAUUACAAGGAGUAUAAACCUUACAAAGAUGACAGCAAACAUAAAGGUAGAGAGCGGGACCAUUCCCGGUCAUCGUCCUCGUCAGCAUCGCCGUCCUCGCCCAGUUCUCGAGAAGAAAAAGAGAGUAAGAAAGAGAGAGAAGAAGAAUUUAAAACUCACCACGAGAUGAAAGACUACUCAGGAUUUGCAGGAGUUAGCAGACCACGAGGAACCUUUCACGAUGACAGAGAUGAUGGUGUGGAUUACUGGGCCAAAAGAGGAAGAGGUCGUGGUACUUUUCAACGUGGCAGAGGGCGCUUUAAUUUCAAAAAAUCAGGUAGCAGUCCAAAAUGGACUCAUGACAAAUACCAAGGAGAUGGGAUUGUUGAAGAUGACGAAGAGACCAUGGAAAAUAAUGAAGAGAAGAAGGACAGACGCAAAGAAGAAAAGGAAUAGUCUCAAGAUUGCAACAGGGAGCAGAACUUGACACUUACAUUUUUUUAAACCUGAUUUUUGUUUUCAAAUAAGAAUGUAAGCAUUUUACUUAAACUGUACUGUUUGCAAGUAGUUUAUAGAAAUUUUGUUUUAAGUCUUCAAAUACCUUGAAAAAAAAUAGACUGUAUGUUGAAAAUUGUAUUGAAAUAAAGUAGAAAAUGUUCGGUAUCAUAUUUGUAACUAUCAACUUUUAAAAACAUUUGACUGUUUUUGUUACAUGCAUUGUAUUUCUGCUUUGUCUAUAAGAAGUGGUCAAGUCCAACUCUGUGACAACUCUUAACUUGCCUCCCUGUUAAUAAGUCUUUGAUUCUGAAGUGAACGUUAGCUUUUCUCAAACCCACACAAAUCCUUGAACAGGAAUUGUUUAUAGUGACCACACUAAUUAUUUUAACUGUACACAUCAGUUUAACAUCUUUUAAAAUUUGAACACUACGUAGUAGGGUGACUAAUUUUUGAAGAAUAUCACAAAGUUGCUAUUAUGGUAAACUAGUUUCACACUUCAGCAAACAUAAGGAGGACAGCUUUGUUAAUAGCUAAAAAGUACAAAUUAAAAGAUUUGAGAAAGUGGUAUUUUUUUCUGAAAGCAAACAAUGGCUUGUAAAGUCAUUUGAAGAGACUUUCCAAUAUGAAUUCAAAAUUCCACUCUUAUCUGAUAGUUUGAGUCAUGGUCUUAGAUACCAGCUACCUACGAGAGAGAGAGAAAUUGGUUUGUAAUAUCAGUGUAAGUAAAAUCCUGAUUCCAUAAACCUGGUUGUAUUUAAAACAAAAAACAAAACUACAAUGAAACUUGGGAGUCCUUUUCAUGUAGAGGAAGGUUAUCCUGUAGCAUAAUGUAUGCACACGGUCAUCUAGUACCUGAUUGGAUAGCUUACAUAUUUAUUGGAUGCUUUGAACAGCUGUAUAUUAGUCCAUAACAUAACUACAAGAUUAGAUAGAGGCAACAUACUGUUAAGUCAUAUUUAAGUAAUUAGUUUUCUCUUAAUGUUGCCAAUAGAAGGCUUGAGCAGGAAGCUUGUAGCACUGAUCUAAUUGUGUGUACAACCAUCAACUUAAAUUUAUAAAAUGGCCUUUUUCUUGGCGUCUAUUCUUUAGGUAAAUAUGUUUCUUUUUCUUUUUCUUUUUUUUUUUUUUUGCUAUUUGUUUAAUAGCUUUUAAAGGAAUAAAGCAAACCAGUGCUAAGAAUUUUUUUUUUAAAGCUAGCUACAUUGCAGCAGAGUUGUUGUGUAUGUGUGCAUUUAAAGAAGAUAAUGCUUAUUCUGUUAAUGCACACUUUUAAGUUUUGAUGAUUUUUUACAGUGUUUUAGACCUUGAAUAGCUAGUGGCUUUUGCUAAAAACUUUUGGCAACAAAAUUAAACUAAAACCAAAGUCAACAUGUGAAGUGUUUAUCAUAAGAUCCUCAGGAGUCAGUAUUGCAUGAUGCUCCCCUUAAUUGUCACACUGAAAUUAUGUAGUAAAUCAGAAAAUACCUGAAAAGCAACUUUAUUGCUUCAAUCUGGAUAUAAGUAGUUAUUUAUAAAUAGUUAAGAUUAAUUUAAAUGUAAAAACGUGCUUAAUUCCCUAAUAAUUUUCAUACCAUUCCUAUUUUAUAUGAAUAUCCACCUUCAUUUCAACAGUUCCUUGGUUACACACUCAAUCUUUACGUUUGUACUGCUUACCUUUACUUUCUCCACAACAGAGACAAGCAGAUUGGUUGAACCUUAUUUAAUGAGGAGUAACAGGCUGUUUUUAAGUGUUUGCCUGUGGCUACUUCCGUUCUAUAGCUCAAGAAUAUGCCAUUACAUCAUAGUCAAGGGGUUGCUAUGAGAACUGUAGUAGAGAAUACCACUGUGAGUCUUCUCCUUUUCAGAGCCAAACACAAAGCAGCCUGCGUGCAUUCUUUGAGGUGAGCAUUUAAUCACACACUUGAUGACAUUACAAAGCUAAACCAUGCCUCUUGGUAAAGCUGCUUGAUUACAAGUGCCAGGAAAACGACUGUUAUCCACUGCGUACUACAUGUUACAUGCUGCAUACUGUAUGUUACACACUGCAUACUAUGUGUUAUACACUGCAUACACAUACUUCCUUUACCCAGAGAAAAGAAAUAAAAUUGAACCAAAGGAUUUUCCCAGAAAAAAACAAGAAAGCAGUUUUAGAAGGCCAUGACUCAAUUCUUAGGUUUGUAUGCUUAAACAUCUUAGGAAUUUUAAUAUAAAAAGAAAAGGCUUUCCCAUUUGCACUCUAUUUCAAAGAAUUGUUAUUGUUCCCUUUCGUUAAAAUCAGUGUUGGGAAUUAAAUUAUAAUUUGAGGGGAAAAUAUCCAAUGGGAAUGAAUGUAGAUGGCUAAAGGACUCUUCCUCAGUGUGGUGUAUAUUUCAACAGGGACCCUUGUAAAUUGUCAUAUGCCAAUAAAAUGUCCUAAGUGGUAAUAGCUGGUCUCUGUUUGCCUGACGUUGAGGCUAUCGCUGCUUGAACUCUACCCAGCUGACUUCCAUGCCUGUUUCUAGAAUUUGGAAUACCAACUUGUAUACAUUUGAUAUGUGGUUUGAUAAAUGUUUUUGAUUCUUUAAAA